AUGUCUGUCGUGGGGAAGACGGAUUGGCAAAAAUUGCCCGUCACACUUGGGGAGCUUUGUAUCAACACCACCUUAAGAUGUGGGCAAUCUUUUAGAUGGCAGAAGAUCAACCAUGAAUGGCGAGUUGUUUUCGAACCACAGCCUGUCGAAUAUACUAAUAGCUUCAGGACCUGCACUUUACAUGGACGACUUCUUCACCUGAAGCAGGACUCGACUCAUCUGCACUAUCGGGUCACCUUUCCAGCUCCCAAACCUUUGACGCCACCACCCAACAAUACAGAAGCUCUCCUACGGCACUAUUUCAACCUGGAUACUAGCCUCGAACCGCUUUAUAAACAGUGGUCAGAUGAUGAUGCCAACUUCAAAAAGAGGGCUCCCCAGUUUAAAGGCGUUCGAAUUCUCAGUCAAGAUGCCUGGGAGACGUUGAUAUGUUUUAUCUGUAGCAGCAACAACAAUAUUACGCGGAUAUCACAAAUGGUGUAUAAGCUGUGUCUGAAUUACGGCCCCCUCAUUGCAUAUAUGGGAGACGAGCCAUUUCACGACUUCCCAUCGCCUCAAGACCUUACAGGAGAUGGUGUUGAAUCACGUCUUCGAGAAUUAGGCUUCGGAUACCGGGCAAAGUACAUUGCUGAAACAGCACGGAUGGUUGCCAACGAGAAGCCUGAAACCUGGUUGGAAAGCCUUCGGAACCCUGACCAACCAGGCUUCAACACAACGCCUGUACCGAAGGAGAAGCAUGCAAGUUACAAAGAGGCACUGGCGCAACUACUCACUUUGAAGGGGGUUGGCCCCAAAGUUGCCGACUGCGUAUGCCUCAUGGGCCUCGGCUGGGGAGAGGCAGUUCCGGUCGACACUCAUGUUUGGCAAAUCGCUCAGCGAGACUACAAGUUUGGGAAAUCAAAGGCCAAGACAUUAAACAAGGCCACUUACGAGGCUGUGGGGGACCACUUCCGAAGCCUCUGGGGGCCAUUUGCCGGCUGGGCUCACUCAGUCCUCUUUGCCGCUGAUUUGAGAGAGUUUGCAGCUCAGGCUGCAAAAGAAGAGGACGAGCCUACCGUGUUGAAACUGAUGGCGUACGAUUCCACAGAACAUACCAGAUCAAAAACGAAGACGACUAUUACCAUUACUGACAGUGACACUAUGGUGAAAGAAGAAACACCGGUCAUUGAACCCAAAGAUGAGCAAGGGCUGGAGGAGAUCAAACAGAUGAGAAGGUCGAAAAGGGUGCGCACUUCAUAA